AUGACAAAUUUACAUUAUAUUCCAGGAUAUAAAUUACUUUUGUGUAAAAUACUUGAGAAAAGGACGGAUUUGGAGUUGUUGUCGCAGCCAUUUUACACAGUCUCAGAAAUACCGCAAUUUCUAUCAAAUACAAUUUCUAAGGGUGAAAUUUAUGAAGAAAAUAAAGGUUUAAAAAUAGAUAAAACUGAUUUAGAAGAGCACGUUGACUUAUAUAACAAUUAUCGAACGAUAAAUAUAACUUUGCAAUUUGGAGAUAUUAAAACUCUGGAAAAUAUUAAUUAUUUAAAUGAAUAUUAUAAAGACUAUAUAAUACUAUUGGCAGGAGACCCAACGGGAUGUGUACAUUUCUUAAUAAGUAAAAGAUUAUUAUUGAAGAACAAUUUAAUAAAAAACAAAUCACAAAAAAAUCUGAGAAAAGAAGAAAUAAACAAAGAUUUAGAAGGAUUAGAAAAUGAAGGAGAUAAGGUAUCUGAAGAAGGAUCCUUAGAAGAUAAAUUUAUGGAAAAGUCAGAUGAUAAUGUGUGUAAUAGAGUUGAAAUGGAAUCUGGUUCUAACCAUGGAAAUCUGGAAAUAAAUAAUAACUUAGUAUUAUUAGAAAGAGUCUAUAAUAUCCUAAACGUUGGAAUUGUAAUAGUCUAUAACAAAAUCUAUUUGCAAGGUUUAGAAGAUACCAAAUUUAUAAAUUGCACGAAAUCAGAUAAAGGAAUCGCAGAAGCCGGAGUCAAUUUCAUAAACUAUAAUAAUAAUAUAACAAAAUUGUUAAAUUAUAUCUUGAUUCUCAUAACACACAUUGCAACUUUGAGGCACAUAUUGGAAUCUAGCCCUAAAACCUACUUAAAACUAAUUUUAUCCACCGAAAAUUGGUAUUUAAUUUUUAAUAUUUAG